AUAAAAUUUGGCGAAAUGUCCGAGAAACCAGAGGUCGUGGAGGAGCAAGUAACCGGGGCGGGGGACGCCGAGCCCGGCCCCGAGCCACCGAAACCUGUCCCUGAUGUUGAGCUGAUCGUCGACGGCUUCGGAUUCAUGCCCAAGACGGAAGCCGCCCGCACGAAAGCGGGCCCGACAGAUAAAGAGGACCAUUUGCAAAGCGCUUGCGGUUCCAGCAUGAACAUUGACGUCGUACGGAGGUACACUUGGAAGACGAAAAAUAAAAUGAUGGUUCAGGUGAUUACCUAUGGUGCAGCAAUAACGGUAAUAAAAGUUCCAGACAAAAGAGGUAAUCCUGAUGAUGUUAUCGCAGGGUUCGAUACAUUAGAAGAAUACUUCCAAAAACGGAAUCCGUAUUUUGGAGCGACAAUAGGACGCUAUGCGAACUACAUUCGCGAGGCGACCUGUGUGGUGCGGCCUUCGGGCAGGAUGUACAUGCUGUCCAUGAAUAGGGGUCACCAUCAUUACAAUGGCGGCUACAUCGGAUUCGAUAAGGUUAAUUGGCGAUCUUACGUGGUCGGCAAUAAGGUGAUAAUGAGCCACGUAUCGGAACGUUUCACCGAGGGCUACCCUGGCACAGUGAUGACACAAAUUACGUACGAAGUCACAUGCGACAACACUAUCAAGAUAGAAAUGAGAUGUACAACCAACGAGCCGACCAUCAUCAAUCUCAGCCAUUCGCCUUAUUUUAAUUUAGCUGGACAUCAUGCCGGGUGCGAAACCAUGUACGACCACAUAUUCACGAUCAACGCCGAUAAGUACACUGCUACGGACGAGGAUGGCCUAGUAACCGGAGAGAGAAAAGUGGUCGGCGGGACAGCCUUUGACUUCAGAGUGCCCCGAGUACUACGUGUGAUGCUGCCCAAAAUACCUAAAGGUGGCUACGAUAUGAACUUCUGCGUCACGCAAGGCACGGAACAGGACCUGACCUUCCAUGCCAGAGCUCUCCACCCAUUGACGGGUAGAGUGCUGGAGGUGUACAGUAACCAGCCCGGCAUGCAGUUCUAUACGGGGAACUUGCUUCCCGAUCCUGAUAAAAUUGUAGAGGGCAAGGUGGGCUACGGCUACGUGCCCCUGAUGGGCAAACAAGGAACUAUUUACAAGAAGCACGGCCUGUUUUGCCUCAUGCCACAGAAUUUACCCGACGCACCUAAUCAUUCACACUUUCCCAGUCCCGUUCUGAAUCCAGGUGAAGUGUAUGUGCACCGAAUACAAUAUAAAUUUGGUUUGUUACUUGGUAAAUAUGUUUAGCAAAAGUACAGUUUUAAUAAUUUAAAUAAACAGUGUAAAAGUUCAUGUGAUAUA